AUGUCAGGCACUGUGCCUAACGAUAGUCAGGAUGGCUCUUACUCCAUGUACCCUCCUACAUCUCCCGCAAUGACUCCUGCCAGCAUGCAAUAUCAGAUGGGCGUUUACGGGAACCCCAACUUUGCGCAAUAUGGUUACGGAUACCCAAUGCCCAUGGACAUGUACGCUGGUCAAGGAGCUCCCUUUAUGGGCUAUGGCAUGAAUCCUGGAAUGAUGUACUACGGUGGAGGUGGAGCUGCUGCCGGCAGUGGCGGCGGGGUCUCUCCUGUAAAUGGUGGGCAGAAGCGCAAGUACUACAAUAAGCACGAAAGCGGUGGAAAAUCGGGCGAUGGCCAGUAUCAUAGUGGUAAUGGAAAGUCUGAGUCUGUGUCCAGCGCAUCCCCUGGUGCUGCGUCUGCGACCAACGGGACCAAGAGCGUUCCAAUCACCAUCAAAAACCAAUACAAAUUUGAGCUUGGGAACAGUAAUUCUGUUAGUACCGCUGGAUUGAAGCUAGAGUAUCCGUUUUACGCGAAUACGGAUGCUAAUGGGUUUCGUCAAGCUCAAGAGAAAAGAACUGAGAUCACUUUGCAAAGACUAGGCGGUUUUUUUGAAGGUCGUUUUUCUAAGCCUGAAGUCGAUACUGAUAACUCACAAGAAGUAGCUGAAGACUUCCACACAGCUCCUGCUACAGCGCCAUCUCCAGAGUCGAGUGAACCGCCGUCAGUCUUGAAGUCGCCGCCAACGUCGGAGGACCAAACUCAAGGCCAAGACGAUCAGGAGGAAGCCAUUCCCACUACGGUUGAUGUGCCAGUAAAAGCUGCUUCUGCGCGCACGAUAAAGUCCUGGUCUGCUGUGGCUUCUAGUGCGGCCGGUUCUAAUGGAAGCGGAAAGUCUUCCAGCGUUACCAGUGUUAAAAAGGACAAACGCUAUAUCCCCCCCACCGUCAAGAGCCUCGAACCCCUCGGUGUGGUUGUCCUGAGGGCGUGUUUCGACCCCGAAUACGUCAAAUAUAGUACUGAACAUUCUAAAAGCAGCGAAUUGGCGCUACAUUCGGUGAUUCCAAGAGGGAUCGUCAAUUCGGGUAAUAUAUGUUUUAUGAGCUCCAUUCUACAAACGCUGCUAUUCUGCCAACCGUUCAUCAACCUUAUGAAUUUGAUCAGCGCCAGAACCUCGGCUAAGAUGGGAGGCACCGGGUUUUUGCUUCUAGACGCAUGCCUUGAGUUAUACAGAAAAUUCGACAAGCAAGUGUUUGAGAGGGAAAAGGCUACGAGGGCCGAAAAUGGCAAUGGAGGGCCAUCUGGUGCUUUAGCAGAUGCUAUCAACCCGGAUGACUUUUACAAGACAUUGUCGAAACUGUCGAAGUUCAAAGAUCUGAGGUGGGGUCAUCAGGAAGACGCUGAAGAGUUUUUAACGCAUCUUUUGGACCAAUUGCAUGAAGAAUUUGUACACUCGAUCAAUAUUCUCUCUGAUAAUGACAUUUUGAAUCUAAUCAAGAGCAUCAAUGAUGAGGACUCAAAAUUGGUCUUUAUCAGAAACCUGGCAACGUACAAGAAUGCGGAGUUCAUUAUCAAGCCUUCGAAUGAACUCAAAGCUUUACUGGACAAGUAUGGAGCCGAUUCCGAUGAUCAAGACGAAAAUCCUGAGAAAGGAUGGCAAGAGGUGAGUAGUUCCAGUAAAAAAGGCAAAAAAACCAAGACUGCGGCUAAGAGAACGGUGAUUGUAGAACCUUCUCCUGUCUCUGUAAUCUUUGGGGGGCAAUUCCGCUCCGUCUUGGACGUUCCUCAAAACAGGCAACCGCAGUCUAUCACGCUAGAUCCUUUCCAAACCAUACAACUGGAUAUUUCGGAUCCGUCCGUGGAGGAUUUGGAGGGUGCAUUUCUCAAGUUCAGUGAGCCCGAGCAAAUACCUUUCAAGACAUCUUCAGGGAACGUGGUGGAGGCUACGAAACAAACUUUCAUCGAUAAGCUACCUCAAGUUCUCAUGAUACAGUUGAAAAGGUUUUCGUUCAUCAACAACACCGACAAAUCCACCAUUGUUAACUACAAUGCAUACAGCGGUCGCGUGGAGAAAAUUCGUAGGAAAAUUCAGUAUGGCCAUGAGCUCAACAUACCCAGUGUGUCUAUAUCCUCACUUCAUUCCGCAUUCUACAGACAAUCGGGCUCAACUUACAAGUUGACUGGGGUUGUGUACCAUCAUGGCCUGAGCCCCAGUGGUGGCCAUUACACAUGUGAUGUUCUGCAAGAACCACUCAGUAAAUGGUACAGAAUCGACGAUAUUAAUGUAAAGGAAGUGGAUCAGCAGGAAAUAUUGAAAGGAGGAGAAGAGGGCAAUGAUUCGAGGACUGCUUAUAUCCUAAUAUACCAAAAGUUGUAA